AUGUACAAAAUAAUGAUAAUUGAAGCCGUGAAAAAAUACGUAACAUCAAGACCAAAUUCCAAAAAUUUUAUAGAUCCCAUUAGAAAGUGUGACCAACUUAUGUGCGAGUUAUCAAAAGUCCCUAUGCCAAGUGAAAAUGUUCUUGUGGAUGAAGUAGAAGAAAUAAAAAUGAAAUUCGAAGUAGACGAAUUUUUAAGUGAAUUACCUUUAAAUGAAGAUGGAGAAAACUUACCAAAUAAAUCAAAACUCAAAGUAACACUAGCCAGGCGUUUGAGUGACUUAGAAAAAUCAGGACACGGCUCCGAAAUAGAACAGAAAAUGAAAGAGGAGGUCCAAAAAUGCUUAAUUAAAUUUCACGAAAGCAUUGAUGCGCUGCCGAUAGAUUCAUUUAUUGAAAAGCUCAAACUUACAGAACCUUUAAGAAAGUCUCAUCCAACUAAUGUUGGUGGCAAUAAUUACGUAAACGAUAAUUUUGUAACACCGCCAUUAGUAAACUCUUACAAAACAAAUUAUCAAACAGAAACAAAUGAGAAACUUUGCUGCACAUCGCCACUUAAUACUGACGAAAAUCAAUGGAUGUCCCUUAUGACAAGUACUCCGCAAAACGAUUUGAAUAAUGUAGAAUGUAAUACAACUUCGAAACAGAUUCCACAUAAUUGUGGCUUAUGUACGACGAGCACCCAAGACUUCGGAGACAGAUUUGAACAGACUCGGGGCAUAUAUAAAGAACCAAAUGCAAUAAGACCUAGAUCAGCAAAUUUUGGAAUAAAUAACAAUGAUAAUAGAUGCUUAAGCAACUCGACCUAUCAAAAAGACGUUGAAGAGCAGACAUAUUGUCGCGAUAAAAUACCCAACCAAACUGAUAAUAGUGAUAUUACUACUGAAACUUUUGAGGCUGCGAUUCGUGUAACAUCAACGCCAGUGUCACAUAAUUCAGUUGGGGCAAGCAAUUUCGAUAGAUAUCAUAAUGCUUCUGUUACCUUUCGGAGACCAAACUUUAUAAUAACGCAAAAACAAAACCAAUUUUCAAAUAGUCAAAAGUCUGCUAGUUCCUGUUCAAAACAAUGCAGCCAAAUUCACAAGAGCCGCACAUCCGUAGAUAAUGAAUCAGAUCAAGAGUUGGACGUAGUUAGCAGAGUUUCUGGCACACGAAGUCAAAGGGCAUUGAAGCAAAGAGAUAAAGAAGACCAGGAUCUUGUAAGAUACCAAAUCUCGAGUAACCGCAUACCACAUUCCAAUUGCCAAAGUCGCAAUCAAUCAACUAAUGGACCGUGUAAUAUAAUACGAGACAACGAUGGUUCCAAUCAGCGAAAAUCGUCAGGCGCUUGUAAGCCAUGCAGAAAAUCGAAUCUAGGAAUGAUCGGACGCAAGAAUACAUCUGAAUCACGUGUAAAAAAACUUGAUAAGGAAAAGCCUAUAAGUAGCUGUACACACAGCGUUAGUUCCGAUGACGAAGAGUCCUGCAGAUGUUCGAAAAAGCUCCCUCACGCCAAAUCGUGUAAUACACAUGCGAAGAAAAAUUGUAAGAUCUGUACCACCUUUAGCGUGCCAACAUGCAGAUAUCCCGGUUUUUACUAUUGCUGA